AUGGAUUCCUCUUCCUCAUCUUCUUCAUUUUGUGUUCCCCCGGAGUUAGACGAAUCGUCUACGGGGAGUACUUUUGAGUUCUUUAACCAAGUGUACGCCGAGCUUGAAGAUACCGGCACCUCUACCGACACUCGUAGGUAUAUCGAUCGAGACCGGGAAGAAGCUCACGCCAUACUAAUGCGUGACUACUUCGUUGAAGACUCAAAGUUUGACGAACCAUUUUUUCGUCAUCGUUUUCGCAUGAGCAAGAGGUUGUUUUUGAAGAUUGUUGGUGAUAUUGAAGCCAACUUUAGUUACUUUCAAGAGGGGUACGACGCACGGGACGCGUAUGACGAGUAUUUAUGUAUGGCUGCUAGAACUUCACGCGAGAGCAUGGAGUACUUUUGUGAUGCGGUCGUCAAUUUGUAUCAAAAGGAGUUCUUACGUAGGCCUACAUCUCAUGACUUGGCUCUCAUCACACAAGCUCAUGAAGAAAGACACCACAUUCCAGGAAUGCUUGGUAGUCUUGAUUGUACACACAUCGAAUAG